AUUUGUUUGUGGCCCUAAAACAAAUUUGUCAAUUCAUCGCUUUGUGAACUCGUAUUUCAAUUUAAUUUUGUCUAAAAACUAAAGUGAAGCUUAUGUACUCCGAUAAUUAAUAAAAAAACUCGAUAAUGAACAUAACAUCAGCCGCAGGGAUAAUAUCCCUGCUCGACGAGCCGAUGCACGAAGUUAAAGAGUUCGCACUGAAGAGGUUGGACAACAUCGUCGAUGAAUUUUGGCCGGAGAUUUCGGAAUCUAUCGAAAAGAUUGAGAUUUUACAUGAAGACAAGGUAUUUUCUCAGCACCAACUCGCUGCGUUGGUGGCCAGCAAGGUUUAUUACCAUUUGGGAGCGUUCGAAGAUUCUCUGACAUACGCGCUGGGUGCUGGUAAUUUGUUCGACGUAAACGCACGAAAUGAGUAUGUGGACACGACGAUUGCUAAGGCUAUCGACUUUUAUACUCAGAAGAGGAAGGCUCACUUUAUUGAUAGUGCAUCAGCGGAACCGAUAGAUCCGAGAUUAGAAGCUAUUGUGAACAGAAUGUUCCAGCGAUGCCUGGAAGACGGCCAGUACCGCCAGGCGUUGGGUCUAGCGCUGGAGACUCGGCGGAUGGACAUCUUUGAAGAGUCCAUCAUGAAAUCUGAUGACAUAGCAGGUAUGCUUCAGUAUGCCUUCACAGUGGCAAUGAGUCUCCUCCAGAACAAGGGCUUCCGCAGCACAGUUCUUCGGUCUCUAGUUGGUUUAUACAGAGGCCUGAAUAUCCCAGACUAUGUCAACAUGUGUCAGUGUCUUAUAUUCCUGGAAGAUCCACUAUCUGUAGCUGAAAUCCUCGACAAAUUAACCCACGGCCCAACAGAGUCUGUCCUAAUGGCAUAUCAAAUAGCUUUUGACCUGUAUGAUUCAGCUACACAGCAGUUCCUGGGCAGGGUGUUACAAGCUCUCAGAAUAACGGCACCAAUACCGAGUGCCCUUGGUGGUAAACCUCAACCACAAGGUGGCCCGUUCCCUGAGUCCACGAUGGAAGUAGAUCAGACACCAGCAGCAAACGACGAAGCAAAGAAACCUGAACGAGAUAUAGACAGUCUUAAUGAUGAAGAAAAGGAACAUCAACGUAGGGUAGAAAAAUUAAUAUCAAUAUUAGGUGGUGAUGUAUCAAUAGGUUUACAGUUGCAGUUCUUAAUUAGGUCCAACCAUGCUGACAUGCUCAUCUUGAAAAACACAAAGGAUGCCAUCAGAGUCUCAAUAUGUCACACAGCCACAGUCAUUGCUAAUGCAUUUAUGCAUGCAGGAACUACAAGUGACCAGUUCUUGAGGGACAAUUUGGAAUGGUUAGCGAGAGCAACUAACUGGGCUAAACUAACAGUUACCGCCUCACUGGGGGUAAUUCACAGGGGCCACGAAAGUGAAUCCUUGGCUCUGAUGCAAUCUUAUUUACCCAAAGAGGCUGGUCCCUCAUCAGGCUAUUCAGAAGGUGGAGGUCUCUAUGCGUUGGGUUUGAUCCAUGCUAACCAUGGCGCCAAUAUCAUUGACUAUCUUUUAACACAGUUAAAAGAUGCCCAAAAUGAGAUGGUGCGUCAUGGAGGUUGUUUAGGUCUAGGUCUCGCUGCCAUGGGAACCCACAGGCAAGAUGUUUAUGAACAACUCAAGUUUAAUUUAUAUCAAGAUGAUGCUGUGACUGGGGAAGCAGCCGGAAUAGCGAUGGGAAUGGUGAUGUUAGGUUCGAGACAUGCUGCAGCUAUUGAAGAUAUGGUUGCUUAUGCACAGGAGACUCAACAUGAGAAAAUCCUACGAGGCUUAGCUGUUGGCAUUUCCUUCACUAUGUAUGGAAGGCUUGAAGAAGCUGAUGCACUUGUUCAACAGUUAUUGAGAGACAAGGAUCCUCUAUUGCGGCGCGCUGGGUGUUACACUAUUGCCACCGCAUAUUGUGGCACAGGAAAUAAUGAUUCUAUUCGUACUUUGCUCCACGUUGCCGUUUCAGACGUAAACGACGACGUACGUCGCGCUGCUGUCACAGCUCUCGGCUUCUUACUGUUUAGAACCCCAGAACAAUGCCCUUCUGUUGUGUCACUAUUAGCUGAAUCGUACAAUCCUCACGUCCGUUACGGCGCUGCAAUGGCUUUAGGUAUAGCUUGCGCGGGUACAGGAAACCGCGAAGCCAUCGGCCUUCUAGAGCCCAUGGUUAAAUUUGAUCCCGUUAACUUUGUGAGGCAAGGUGCACUGAUUGCGUCAGCCAUGAUAUUAAUUCAGCAAACCGAAGCUCUGUGCCCCAAAGUCACGUACUUCCGCCAGCUAUAUGCCCAAGUUAUAUCAAACAAACACGAGGAUGUGAUGGCGAAAUUCGGCGCCAUUCUUGCGCAAGGUAUAAUUGACGCCGGUGGUCGUAAUGUAACUGUAUCCCUUCAGAAUAGAACGGGCCACAUGAACAUGCUGGCUGUCGUGGGAAUGUUAGUGUUCACGCAGUACUGGUAUUGGUUCCCGCUGGCACACUGUCUGUCUCUGGCUUUCACGCCAACCUGUUUGAUUGCCCUUAAUACUGACUUGAAAAUGCCUCAGUUGGAGUUUAAAUCUAACUCGAAACCGUCACUGUACGCAUACCCAGCGCCUCUCGAAGAGAAGAAACGGGAGGAGAGGGAAAGAGUGACUACUGCUGUACUGAGUAUUGCUGCAGCGAGGGCCCGCAGGCGAGCGCACACCACUGAAGGCUCUGCCAGCAGUAGCGUAACCUCAUCAACGACAUCAAAAAUGGAUGUCGACGAGGAGGAAAAGAAGCCUUCUAAAUCUCCUAACCCUAACAUCACGGUACAUGCCAAAUCUGACAAAGAUGCUGGUACAUCUAAAGAAGUGAAGAAAGAAGAGAAGGAGGGCGAGGAAAAAGAGAGUAAGGAAAAGAAGGAGCCUGAACCCAACUUUGAAAUACUCAGCAAUCCCGCAAGGGUUAUGCGUCAACAGCUGAAAACCUUGUCUGUUGUUGAGGGUUCUGGAUACACACCAUUGAAAGAUAUUACUAUUGGAGGCAUUGUGAUGUUGAACCAUUCGGGUGAGGAUGAACAAGUUCUUGUUGAACCAGUAGCAGCUUUUGGACCCAAGGCUGAAGAAGAAAAAGAACCUGAGCCUCCAGAACCUUUUGAGUACUUGGAUGAUUGAUGUAGCCUUUUCGGUUAACUGCAUUAUUGCUUAAAAUAGUAUGUAGGACCAUUAUUAAUAAUAAUUAUAAUUAUUGUGAAUCACUAAAAUGUAUUCAAAAACAUUGCUGUAAUAAAAUAUUGAAGUACACAAAUUACUAACUGUAAAUUAUAAUUGUUUAAUUCACAAAAAUAAAUGAUUUUAAAAUGCUAAA